ACACACACACACACACACACACACACACACACACACACACACACACACACACACAGACAAAACAACCUUAACCCUUUUUUUUUUUUAAAUCUGAUUUUAUUGACUGCCUUUUCUGUUAUCUUUCUAUCUAUUCAUUAAUACUGAUCAAUUCUAAUCACUUUAACCCUGUGUACUGUUAGCUGUUGAUUAUAUGAAAUUGAAAGUAAAGUCAUGUCCAAUGUUAUCUUUACCUCAUUAUAAUACCUAAUUGUUCUCUGUCAUUGUAUUAAUGUCACACAUUGUAAGUGUGAUUCAUUAUAUACACUAAAAUACAUACUGCAUCCAAAACAUAAAAAAUAGAAACAUUUUUAAAGCAGUUGGUGGCGGUAUUGCACCGAAAACACCGUUAAAUAUAAAAAUGAACCGUCGUGAAUGAGCCCGCUGAUAAACCUACCGCGGUUUUCUUUUUUUUGUCCUAGGAUGGCGAAGUCGUGACGCGCUCUAUUCUGCCUCUGAUAGGCUUACCCUGAUAUUUUUACCCGAGCCCUGACCAAUCUCACUCUUCAUAUGUAAACCUAAGCCAAUUGACGAAGGCAAUGAGUACUAGCCAAUCAGAGGCCGAGUAGGGCGGGUUAUGACUUCGCCGUCCUAGGGAAACAAAUUCGGUCCAUCGGACCAAAAUAGACUGGCGAGGGCUGAGCAGCUGACAUCCACCAGAAAUGGCUGCCACCGGAGUUCUUCCCUUUAUAAGGGGGGUAGACCUCAGUGGAAACGACUUUAAAGGGGGGUACUUCCCUGAGCAUGUCAAGUGUAUGAGCAGUCUACGAUGGCUGAAGCUGAACAGGACAGGACUGUGUUACCUCCCAGAGGAGCUGGCCUCUCUGCAGAAGCUGGAGCAUCUUUCAGUGAGUCACAACAGUCUGACCACCUUACAUGGAGAACUGUCCAGUUUACCAAACCUACGGGCGGUGGUUGCCAGAGCCAACAACCUGAAAAACUCUGGAGUCCCAGAUGACAUCUUUCAGCUUGAUGACCUGUCUGUGCUGGACUUGAGUUACAAUCAGCUGACAGAGAUCCCUCGGGACCUGGAGAACAGCAGGAACAUGCUUGUGCUUAAUCUGAGCCACAACAGCAUUGACUCCAUCCCCAACCAGCUGUUCAUCAACCUGACAGACCUGCUGUAUCUGGACUUGAGCGAUAACAAGCUGGACAGUCUGCCGCCACAGAUGAGACGCCUGGUCCACCUGCAGACUCUCACACUGAACAACAACCCGCUGAUGCAUGCUCAGCUGCGCCAGCUGCCCGCCAUGGUGGCAUUACAAACUCUCCACCUGAGGAACACCCAGAGGACCCAGAGCAACAUGCCCACCAGCCUGGAGGGACUGACACAUUUAGCAGAUGUUGACCUGUCAUGUAACGACCUGACUCGGGUACCAGAGUGCCUCUAUUCACUGGGCAGUCUGAAGAGACUCAACCUGAGCAGUAAUCAGAUCUCAGAACUGUCCCUGUGCAUCGAUCAGUGGACUCAGCUGGAGACGCUCAACCUUAGCCGCAACCAGCUCACGUCACUGCCUUCUGCAAUCUGUAAGCUGUCCAAACUGAAGAAGCUGUACGUAAACUCAAACAAACUGGAUUUCGACGGGGUUCCACCAGGCGUGGGCAAACUGUGCAGCCUCACUGAGUUCAUGGCCGCUAACAACAACCUGGAACUUAUCCCAGAGGGACUCUGCAGGUGCGGCAAGCUGAAGAAGUUGGUGCUGAAUAAAAACCGCCUGGUAACACUUCCUGAGGCCAUCCACUUCUUGACUGACUUGGAGAUACUGGAUGUGCGUGAGAACCCCAACUUGGUGAUGCCUCCUAAACCAGUGGACAGAGCAGCAGAGUGGUACAACAUCGACUUCUCCCUUCAGAACCAGCUCAGACUGGCUGGGGCCUCGCCUGCUACUGUAGCUGCUGCUGGAGGAGGAGCCAGCCCCAGAGACCCCCUGGCGAGGAAGAUGAGGUUACGGAGGAGGAAGGACUGUUCUCAGGACGAUCAGGCCAAGCAGGUGCUGAAGGGCAUGAGUGACGUUGCACAGGAGAAAAAGAACAUGGAGGAAAACGGGGACUUGAAAUACGCAGAUUUAAAAGUCCGGCGCUGGGACAAGAGUCUGGAGAAGCCUCACCUGGACUACUCUGAGUUCUUUAUGGAUGACGCGGGGCAGGUUCCAGGGGUAUCCGUGUGGCAGAUAGAGAACUUUGUGCCCAUGCAAGUUGAAGAAGCUUUCCAUGGCAAGUUUUACGAGGGGGACUGCUACAUCAUCCUCAAGACCUACCUGGAUGACAAUGGAGCGCUUACCUGGCAAAUCUUCUACUGGAUCGGUCAGGAAGCAACAAUUGACAAAAAGGCCGGCUCCGCCAUCCAUGCCGUCAACCUCAGAAAUUUCCUCGGAGCCGAGUGCAGGACGAUAAGGGAAGAGAUGGGAGACGAGAGCGAGGAAUUCAGUGCUGUGUUCAACAAUGAGAUCUCCUACAUUGAGGGAGGAACAUCUAGCGGCUUCUACACUGUGGAGGACACAAACUAUUCUGUCAAGUUGUACAGAGUUUAUGGCAAGAAAAACAUCCGACUGGAGUCCGUCCCUGCUAAAGCCUCCUCUCUUGAUCCUCGCUUUGUCUUCCUGUUGGACACAGGGCUGGAAAUCUUUAUCUGGAGAGGAGCCAACGCUACGCUGAGCGGCACCACGAAGGCACGGUUAUUUUCAGAAAAGAUCAAUAAGAAUGAGCGUAAGAGCAAGGCAGAGAUCACCACCCUCAUGCAGAACCAGGAGCCUCCAGAGUUCUGGGAGGCGGUGGGAGGACAACCAGAGGAGAUCAAGAAACACGUACCGGAUGACUUCUCUCCCGUCAGACCUAAACUAUACAAGGUGGGCUUGGGUCUGGGCUACCUGGAGCUGCCUCAGAUUAACUACAAGCUGUCAGUCGAGCACAAAGACACCAAGAUCAAACUGGACACCCUGCCAGAGCUGAGACUGCUGCAGUCUCUGCUGGACACAAAAGGCGUGUACAUCCUCGACUGCUGGUCCGACGUCUUCAUCUGGAUCGGGAGGAAGUCUCCGCGUCUCGUCCGAGCCGCCGCUUUGAAACUGGGUCAGGAGAUCUGCUCCAUGCUGCACCGGCCCAAACACGCCAGCGUCACCCGCAACCUGGAGGGCACCGAGUGUCAGGUGUUCAAGUCCAAGUUUAAGAACUGGGACGAUGUGUUGAAGGUGGACUACACCAGAGCAGCUGAGACUGUACAGCAGGGCAACAACCUACAGGGCAAGGUGAAGAAGGACGCAGAGAAGAAAGAUCAGAUGAAAGCCGACCUCACAGCUCUGUUCCUGCCGAGGCAGCCGGCCAUGCCUCUCACUGAGGCUGAACAGCUGAUGGAGGAGUGGAAUGAAGAUCUGGACGGUAUGGAAGGAUUCGUGUUGGAGGGAAAGAAGUUUGCUCGCCUGCCGGAGGAGGAGUUCGGACACUUCUUCACUCAAGACUGCUACGUCUUCCUCUGCAGAUACUGGGUGCCUGUGGAGUAUGAGGAUGACGAGGAGAAGGGGAAGGGAAAGAAGGCAGGUGGAGGCGGUGGAGGAGGAGGAGGAGGAGAGGAGGAGGAGGAGGAAAAACAGCCGGAGGAGGACUUCCAGUGCGUGGUGUACUUCUGGCAGGGCAGACAGGCCUCCAACAUGGGCUGGCUCACCUUCACUUUCUCCCUGCAAAAGAAGUUUGAGAGUCUCUUCCCUGGAAAACUGAAGGUGGUGCGUAUGACUCAGCAGCAGGAGAACCUCAAGUUCCUGUCCCACUUCAAGAGGAAGUUCAUCAUCCACAAAGGGAAAAGGAAACAGAAAACGGAUGGCGCCCAGCCCUCCCUCUAUCACAUACGCACCAAUGGCAGCGCACUUUGCACCAGAACCAUCCAGAUUGGAACAGAUUCCAGCAAUCUCAACUCGGAGUUCUGCUUCAUCCUCAAGGUACCAUUUGAGAGCACAGACAAUCAGGGCAUUGUUUACACCUGGGUGGGCAGAGCUGCUGACCCUGAUGAAGCCAAACUGGCCGAGGACAUCAUGAACAGCAUGUUUGAUGACACGUACAGCAAACAGGUUAUUAAUGAGGGGGAGGAGCCAGAGAACUUCUUCUGGGUGGGAAUUGGUUCUCAGAAGCAGUAUGAUGAAGAUGCAGAUUAUAUGAAAUAUGCCCGGCUCUUCAGGUGUUCGAAUGAGAAAGGUUAUUUCUCCGUGUCAGAGAAAUGCUCAGACUUCUGCCAGGACGACUUGGCUGAUGAUGACAUCAUGUUGCUUGACAACGGCAAUGAGGUGUACAUGUGGGUCGGUAAUCAGACCAGCCAGGUGGAGAUCAAACUGAGUCUCAAAGCCUGCCAGGUUUACAUCCAGCACAUGCGCUCCAAGGACACGGAACACCCCAGGAAGCUGCGGCUGGUGCGGAAGGGAAACGAGCCUCACUGCUUCACACGCUGCUUCCACGCCUGGGGGGCUUUCAAAACUCCCCUCGCAUAAACGAACAUUCACGCGCGCACAUAAAAAAACAAAACCGCUCUCACGUACAUUUAAAUUGAUUUGCUGCCAUGUAAUUUUCUUCCAGUAAGAUAAAGAUGAUGAUGUCUAUGCCUAAACCCAGCUUUACCCGAACCCCAAAUUCCUCCUUCUCCUCAUCCCGCUCAGCACUGCUGCUCCACAGCCUCAUCGAGUUCUCACUCUCAGGCUCACGUCUUCUUAUUCACAUGAACGGCUCACACCCCAAAACAUCUGCACAGGUUUAAAUUUAGAAGAACAUCCCUUUCAGUAAAAAUUCAUCGGCUCAAGAAGCUGUUGGCGUUCUCGGUUUCCUGCUGUUGGGGGGAAAAAACUACAGAAUAUCUAAAUUUUUCUACAAUCCUUAUAAGCCGCAGCUCUAAAUACUGUUGAAAGAGAAUUAUGUUUUUGAGAUAAAGUAAAGGUGUACAGAGGCUUUAUAAAAACCCAAAGGGAGGCAAAUCCCCGAACAUAUCGAUCUGUUCCACUGCUUUCUCGUGGCUCGCGCUGCAUGGUCGAUAGUUUUCCAGGGGAGGAGGGUUUAAGAGGCGCUCCUCCGUGCCAUUUUGUGCAGCUCACUUGAAGCAGUUUAAAGGCAGAUAAAAGUUGAUUUUACAGUUUGUACUGCUUUUUUCAUGACAGAGGAGCUGAACAGAAAACAGCACUAUAAUUGUUUCUCUGAGGAAUGUUGGUUGAUAUAUAUAUUUUUCUGUUGUAUGACUCUAAAGGUGUGUGUGUGUGUAUGUGUGUGUUUACCCCAUGCGCCUUCACUGAAAUGGGGUCUGCUCCCCCUUUCCCUAGUGUGUUUGGUCUCACCACCUGUAAGUUGUCCGCUGAUCAGAGGGGGCUUCUUCUCACCCUCGAAAGACACGUUUGACUUCUGAGCGGAGGUCAGGGUGCAAAGUUACAGUUUGUGAGGCAGCCUCGUUUUAAUGUUUAAGGUCAGAUGUUUUAAUGUGCAAUCAGAGCCGGGAGAUACUGAAACUAAUUAACUACGACACUGCGUUCAACUUGACGGGCUUCAGCUUUUUUUCUUCUUGCUUUUCUGGAGCUUUGCUAGCGAAGACGCUCAGAAUAGGACGAGAAAGUGCUAAAAAGUUUCCAAAAGUGUUGCUUUUUUUUUUUCAAAUAUUGCUCAUCUUGGAAAAAAACUUUUUUUUUUUAAAUGCAAUUUAAAAUGGGAGAUCUAGUGCAUCAUAUCAGAGACAUAUCUUAAAGGGACAGUAGUUUGUUAUACGGUUAACAGAUUUCUGAUCGGUCCGACCAGUUCUACAGCAGAUCAUUUGGAGCACAUAACGCAGGUUCUUGUGAUCAUGUGACCUGUGUAUCAUGCAGGUAUCGGUCCAAGCAGUAUAUCUAUAUAUGUUCACAAAUUGCUGCAACUACAGAACCAUCUUUUUUUGUUUCUGUAUACCAUAUUUUGUGGGGUGAAUUGUAUGCUAUUAAGUGUGUUUGAGUCCUACGCACGUAUGUGUGUAUAUGAAUAUGUGUACAUGCUCCUGAUGCCACCUGCAGAUGCUUUAUUUAUGUAUUUUAUAUUAAAAUAAAAUCUCACAUCA